AUGGUUGGAAUUCGUGUGCAGACAUUGAUAUCUUUGCUGUUGGUGCUGGGCAUUCUCCCAUUGACUGCUAUUGGAGCACGCCAGCCUUAUGAUGUGAGGAAGGUCAUCCAGGCAUUCCGCCAGCCCCAUGAGGAUCUGGUGGUCCUUUGCGCCCACAGAGGUCUACGUGCUCUCGUUCUUCUCUUCUUCCUAUGCAAUUUAAAUGACGACUCGACCAGAUGGAACGGCACCACCGAAAACUCGCGCGAUGCAUAUUUCCGUGCCUCAGAAGCCGGGGUCGAAUGCAUUGAAACAGACAUCCACAUAUCUCUUGACGGGUACCUGCCCAUGAUCCACGACACAGGUCUGGGCCGUGAAACCGACGUCGGCGAAGCAACAGGCCGCGCCGCCUACAACCCAUUCACAGGCAAAGGAUAUAAUCCAUCCGUCAACAACAGCACGUUCAAAGGCUUCAUCGAGCACCUGCACCUGCGCGACGAAGGAGGCCGGGUCCACGACGAAACAGUCCCGACACUACCUCAGAUUGUACAAAGCAUCUACGACAGCGGCACGAAUGUCGUGCUCCAACUCGACUUCAAGGACGAAGAAGCCGUCGAACCUGCCUACUGGCAACUCAAGAACUUGACCAACGCCGCCGGCGUGCCCGCGAACGAAUGGUGCAUCUACAAGCUCCAAGCAACAUGGUACCGAACACCAGAAGAAUUCGAGGCCUUACCCUGGGUCCAAGACGCAUUCGUUUCCGGUAUCCAACUGGCGUUCAUCCCGGUAUACAAUCCCAAUGACGAAGUUCAUUUCGACACGCUCGCAAGUCUCCAGGGCUUCCUGAAGACAAACUACACCAUCAGCGCCGAGAUUGAGCUCUAUUCGCCCAACGGGCCCCUGCAGGCCCUCCAAGACCACGUUGCCACCUUACAGCCGGGAGGAAACAGCAUGUUCCGUACAUCCGGCAUCUUCUACGCGAUCGGCGACUUCGUAACGCCCACAACCGCACGUCGCACCUUCUUCGACACAGCCAAUUACACUCUACCCGCUGAUGAGCGCGUGAAUAAUUCCGUGUUCGUGUUCCGGGAAAACAGAGCACCAGUGUUGCUUGAUAGUAUCGUCGGCAACAUGUCGACGGAUGGGCAUGACUAUAGGUCGAAUUUUGACUGGAUACUCAAGACAGGCUUUGAUUGGGUCAUUACCGAUACGCCGGAUGAAUGGGAUGUACGACUGAGGGGCCAGGGAAAGAGGAAUAUUAAGCAUAUGCUGGCAGACGGACAGAAAGAGGCCGAUCAGGCAUUGGUGAGUAGCUGGUAUAAGAAUAAAAAGAGGAAUAGCGACAGAAGGCAUGCGAGGGAUUUUGAAGGUACGGCAUGA